AUGCAUCCAGACCAGCCUAUCUCAUGUCCUCUACCUGAUGUUGCACAAUUUACCCGUGAUCUUCAGAAAGGAUUCCAAUACGUUUAUACUAUCCCACAAGAAACCCAACAAAGAUACAAAGUCUUUGCCGAGAAGAAGCGCAGACUUCCUCCCAUCUAUCAAGUAGGUCAGAAGGUGUGAUUAUCUACUAGACAUCGGAGGAUGUCCUGUCUUAGCAACAAACUGGGAACUAAAUUCAUGGGCCUUUAUCAUGAAGAGGCAGUACUCUCUCCUGUGAUGGUACUGUUACAGUUGCCUCCCUCUCUACAUAUACAUCCCAUUUUCCAUGUGUUUUUGUUGAAACACAUGUUCCAGACAGAUAUCCAACUCAAACUCCUCCUCCUCUGUGUCCCAUACAGGUCGAUGGUGAAGAUGAACAUGAGGUGGAAAAGAUCCUUGACUCCUGUGCUCACCCUGGCCAUCUUUAGUGUCUCAUACACUGGAAGGGGUAUUGCCCAGAAGAAAGUUUUUGGGAACCUUCCACCAAUGUCCAUGCUCCUCGAUCGGUACAUUCCCAGGACAACCUGCUCCACUACACCUCCGUAGGAUGGGCCUCAGGAUGGGGUAUUGUUAGGACUUACCUUCGUCUGAACUCCGAUAGAUGCUGGGAGGCAUGCACGAUUGUUCCACUCCGCAGAACAGCUUGGCUUAACAAACAGUCACUCCCCGCGGCAAUCCCAGAUGAUAGUCCACCCCAUACAACAAUAUGGUGUUAUGGAGGCUUGUCAAGUAGGUGGACUUUCAAUAUGGCACAGUAAUUAAACCUAGAACAGCUGAGCUUUCAUUGGACAGUUGUUCUGUGCUACAUCCUGCUGUUACACGUGUUAUAUGUUUUCGGAAUACCUGUUACCUGACCUUGGAUUGCCUCACUGUUACCGAACCCUUGCUGCUUGUAAUUUGACCCUUGGAUUGCCUGACUUUGCCUUGCCAUAUUGGAUUUGUUUGCCUUGGACUUUUUUUUUUAUUAUUUUGCUAGUACAAGUUCUGCAUUUUUAGAUUCCAUAUGUCAAACCCUGACAAUGUGGUGUGUGAACAAGGGCAUGAACUCCCCCAAACUGGUUCAAAAUAUCUGUCAUGUUCCUAAAUGGAAGAUAUGGCAAUGGGUAGAUAUGGGAAAUGACCGAGCUCCAAGAGAUUCCUUAUUAAACCUUAUUUUGGCUCCCAAACCACUACGCCGGACAGAACCACAAUUAUUCCCCACCACUAAACUAUCAAUCCAGCAAUGGGGCACACUACAAAACAACAGAAGCCAAUGCUACUCUAAUCCCAGAGCCCCUCUGACAGCCUUGACAGCAAUCUCACUGUGUCUGACAAUACAAGCAUAAAUGAAAUGCUGCAAUAACUUGCAUGUCUUUCUUUGGUUUAGAAAAUAGAUAAAUCCCUAAUAGACAGGGCAUUUCCUCCAUUGAUGAUAAAUGCCAAGAAGGCAACAUUAUACUUUUUCAUGAAAUACAAAAAAAUAAAUAUAUAACUCACCCAACUCUGCUAUUUUCCAAUACUUACAGUUGACAGGCAUCAUCUUCACAUAAGUGUUGAAGCACCCAUUACUCAUACACACAAACAGAUACUACAUGAAUAAUAUAUGAAUAUAUAUAUAUAUAUAUAUAUAUAUAUAUAUAUAUAUAUAUAUAUAUAUAUAUAUAUAUAUAUAUAUAUAUAUAUAUAGCAAAAAUAGAAAAGUCCUUGCACUCACGCUUGGAUGAUUUAAUAACCGGGUGCUUGUAAUCCAGGAAAAUUCAAAUAAAUUCAGAUAGUGAUCAGCACUCACGGAUUUUCAAGAAUUAAAAUUAACAAUUUAUUAAGUAUCCAUUAAAAGAUCAACGUUUCAGUCCCAGCAUGCCUGAUCCUGAUGAAAGUCCCUGCUGGGACUGAAACGUUGAUCUUUUAAUGGAUACUUAAUAAAUUGUUAAUUUUAAUUCUUGAAAAUCUGUGAGUGCUGAUCACUAUCUGAAUUUAUAUAUAUAUAUAUAUAUAUAUAUAUAUAUAUAUAUAUAUAUAUAUAUAUAUAUAUAUAUAUAUAUACUGGCACCUGAUAAUCCCAAAAUACUGUAUUUAUGCUAUAAGUCCAUAAUGAACUCUGUCCAUGAAAAACCAUAUUCUUUUGAAACACAAUGGUCCAAAGAAAACACCCAAUUCCCCUCAGGUCCACAAAAAAUGUGUAUACAAGUGGUACCUAACCACAAACUGACUUCACAAAAUGUACCCCAAUGUUUCAGCAUUUUGCUGUAGAUGCAGAAUAACAGAGGGAGACAUGAAUCAUAUUUGGUGGGAAUGCUCCGUGUUCAAACCACUGUGAGAUAAAGAACGUGACCUACUUUUAACACUAAAAAUCACAUAUUUACUACCCAAUCCAUCCACCUGUCUCUUUAUCAUCUUCCUCCCACUUUCCUUAAAGCCUCAAAACAGCUAGCAAUAAUAAUUAUCUUAGCAGCAACCAAUAUUAUAUCUACGAAUGUAUGUCCGUAGCGUUACCUGCACAACUCCAGUCCUUCAAUGCAACAUGGCAGCACUUAACAUACCUCAUAUCUAGCUCUGACUCGAAACACUCAAAACAAAAACUCUUAGCUCCACUUUUUUCCUUCCCAUUGACUACUUACUCCCCAUUUCUCCCAGCUAUCCCAUCCCUCAAUUGUCUACUCUCCAUAUGAAGACCUUGUGAGGCCAACUUGACAAAUGCAGAUUAUCUACACAAAGUAUAAAACAGUCUCUCUUUUGUUUGAUAAAACUGUUCAUACAAUAGUCUGUUAUCGUUCUUCCCUCAUAUCCUACUAACUUUUCGUUUUGUACCCUUAAACACCCCAAAAACUUUUCUCUUGUUACAGGCAAAAUACUGAUAUUAACGUAACCACUUUAAUAGUCAAAGUACUAUUGAUUUUGUAUGUAUGUAAGCAUGCUCAUGACAACUUACCUUCCCAUAGCACAAUGUACUGUACCAAACUUGAUAUUUCUUUUUGACAUAAACCUAAUAAAAAUGUAAAUUUUAAAAAAAGUAUUUUAUCAAAAAAUAUUAAAUCAUUUGAAAAACAAAUCCAAAAAUAUUAAAUUGAGGUAUAUAUAAUAUGAGUUUAUGCUACAUUAAUUGUCCUACAUAUACAGUUCAUGGUCCAAUCUUUUUUUCUUUCUUUAUUUUUUUUUUUUUUAAAGUAGUGCAGAGAUUAGUUUGAAAUGAAUUGUUUUCUUCAUGAUAUUAUAUGGGCUUACUUAUAUGAUAACAAUAUUAUUUGUCUGUCAGGUUGUUUGCAUCACUGUUACGGCCUCUCUCCAUCUGUUCUUCAUGGCAGCCUUUGCAUGGAUGUUGGUUGAGGGUCUUUUGUUGUGGAGUAAAGUUGUCGCUGUUAACAUGAGUGAAGAUCGAAGGAUGAGGUUUUAUUACAUCACUGGAUGGGGUGAGUUAAUUAUUUAAUGCAUAAUCACAAAUGAUUAAUCACUUGAGACAGCAAUGUUAAAGACAUAAUUAUUUUGUUUUAUUUGCAAAAAAAAAUCUCAUUUAAAAUCUCAUUUAUAAAGCAUGUUUGGUAACCUUUUUUUUCAGAAUUUUUACAAAAUUAUAUUAUUACAAGAUGGACAAGCUAUAAGCAUUUUUUUUAGUUUGUACAAUAGUUUCAUGAGAUUCCAUGGUUAUUUAAAGUAGCUCUGUCACCAGAUAUAAUGUUUGUCAUAUCUGUUUCUUUACAGCUCCCUGUGUUUCUUUCUGAUUUCUUUCUGAUUGCUCUAGUUUUCAAAGAUUUAUAAGGAAAAGCAUGGGCUACUUGUCCUUAAUAUAAUGUUCCUUUUACCAAAUAUUGAAAGGAAUUUAUGUUUUUAGAUAAAGUAAAUGUAAAGACAGUUAGAAAAACUCAUCCUUACCUUUAGUAUAUUAUGGGAUCCAUCAGUCAUAUACAUGCACCUUGAGUCAGAUAGUGUUUGAAAACAAAUAGUUAUUCUCUGUGGCCUACUUUGCUCCCUGCACAGAAGUAAGGAAGACUAUAGAGACUACCUGCCAAUUUAUAACACUGUAUGACCCAAGGUGCAUAUAUGUUAGACUUGGGCAUUGAGGAAGAUUUUAUGUACAUUCGAAGGAAUUCAAACUAAAAUAGAUUUGUUUUGUCAGAAACAAAUUGUCCAUUAGUUGGUUUGUUUCAGAUUAAAUUAGUCUAAUAUUUUUGGUUUGGAAUUCCUACUCACAUGAAGGAAAUGCUGCAAUCGCUGGCAAAUCUUUCUUUGGUUUAGAAAGUAGAGAAGUCCCUAAUUUGGUACCCUUAUGUGGGAUUGCCAUAUUUAAGGGUAUUAAUUUAGCUGUAUUUAGUAAUUAGGUUUAUUUUUUGUUAUCUUUAAAUAUGGGAAUUCCUUAGAAGGAUACCAAAUUAGGGAGCUAUCUAUAGGCAGCUGAAAGAACAAAAUUAAGAAUUGGAACAAAUUGGAAAGAAAAUUGACUUUUCUUGUAGUUAAUAAAAAAAAUUGUAAAAAAAUUCUUUCAAAGCCUGAAUUAUUAUAUUAAAAAAUAUUUAUGACAAUGGUACUUUAAUGAAGGUUCUAUUUUUAUUUGUAUUUAAUCCAAAAGAAGGAAGAAAAGAUAAUCAAUAAAUAAAUCCCUUCCCCUUCCGCGCUGCCAUUUGCUUCUUUUUUGCCUUUUCUCUCUCUAUUUUUUUACUUCUAUAUUUUUGUGUGCAUGUGAAUAACAGACAUCUUACAAAGCUCCAACAGCAUUGGUAAGACAGCUAACUGGACAAAGCAUAACAGUUAGAAAGGCAUUCAAGUAUACUGUACCAUUUUUCAAUGUAGUGUAGGGUACAGGCUAGGCUGAACAUGUCUAGGGUAAAUAUUGAGAGAGAGAUGCUGAGCUAUGCUAAGUCAUUGACAUAUUGACAGGGGUACUCUAUAUUUUCUUAUCUGUCUUUUUCUUUCCAACACACAUCUCAUAUUUGUUGGUAAUGUUUUUUUAAAUACCAAGCCUUGAGUAAAAGAAGUAUUCAUCUUAUUGUUUUAAGAGUUUGUAUGAAACAUUAUUGACAUCUCAAUGUGUAUCAGGUUUAUUUACUAAAGUGAGAAUUCAGAGUGAAUUCAAAAGUAAUUUCAAAUUUCAGGCUUAUGUAGCCGAACUGGAAGCAUAGCUUGUUUCAAUUUGGCUAUUUUGGCCUUGAAUUUAGAAUUCACGUUGAAUUCACGUUGAAUUUUCACUUUAAGGAAUACAUCUGUAUGUGCUACUGUGCAUAUUAGACGUUAACGGAUGCUUUCAAUGGUUGUGAGUAAAUGGUUGAGAAUAAACAAAACCCUUUAUUUUUCCUUUAAAAAGUUAAAUUUAUAUUACAAUGGACAGUAGGCUGAGAGGCAAAUAUAUUUUGUAAGUGAGAAUGUGUAAAAAAAAAAAAAAAAAGAAAAUGUUCAACUCGAAACAAAAUUCUAAGUUCAGAUACGUUCAGACUGAUAGUUAUAUAGCUGAAAAGAGACAUCUAGUUCAGUCUUUCUCACAUCUGUUUUUGCUGUUGAUCCAAAAGAAGGGAAAAAUUCAGUUUGAAGCUCUUCCAAUUUUGCAACAAACUAGGAAAAAAAUCCUUCUUGACUCAAAAGUGGCAGUCCAUCUCCUUGGAUCAAGAAGGUAUUGCUCCACUAAUUAAAAAUGAUAUCGCUGAAUAUUCUAUUUUUGGAAGUAUUUAUUCAAUUGCUUUUUCAACAUCUGUAUAGACUUCAAAAAACAACCUACCUCUUCAGACAGAGAAUGCCACAUCCUUAUUGUUCUUAGUGUAGAAAACCUAUUCAUUUGCCUUAUAUGUAUAGUACUGUUUAUUUAAUAGAUUUCCAUACAAUGGUUUGUAAUGGCCACAAAUAUAUUUAAUUUUUUUUUCUAAAAUGUUUCCCUAUAUCUGCCUACAUAGAUGUAAGCAGUAAGUGUUCAACUGAUGAUUUCUCAGAGAUCGCACAUAAGUUUCAUCCUGACUCAAGACUCUUUGUUAAAUUUAUGCAGAGUCUUGAAAAUGAAUUAAAUAUAAUAUUUAGCAAAUUAGAAACAGAUAUGGGCCCCAUGAGUAGAUAACAGAAUAUUAACAUGAAGGAUUGUAAUCCAGUAGUGGUUAUGGUUCCUCGAGUGUUCCUUUAAGCCAUUUCAUCAUGCACAUGAGCAAGAGAGGGUUAGCUAAUAUUUGACAUCAAGUAGUCCAAUCCGGCUCCAAACCAGGACAUCAUCCCACCAUAUUCUUUCUUAAAUGUAUGCUAUAAUUUAUUUUACUAAUAUGGCAAAAACUAAAAGACAAGACUUCAUACUAGAAGGAUAUAUUUUAGUAUUGUGCGGUGAGGCAUUCGCCCACAAUCCUUACUAUACUAGUAACCCAGAGGAUGGUCCAGCCCCCCCCCCCCAUUUAUUGAAUAUGAUGUAACAUUGCAGCUGUUGGUUAUGUUCUCUCUUUAUUUUAGGACUUCCAAUUGUAAUUGUCAGUGUGACUUUGGCAACGUCUUUCAAUAAGUAUGUGGCAGACACUCAUUGCUGGCUGAAUGUGCAGACUGAUAUAAUCUGGGCAUUUGUGGGACCUGUUCUCUUCAUACUUACGGUAUGUAUUAGAAUUUAACAACUGUGUGCCAGUUAUUAUUUUUUUUUUCUAAUAGAAUAAAUCUGCAGAAACUUACAAAAUAAAAGGUUAAUUUUGUAUGUAUAGCCUUGGUUCAAAAAGGUUUAUUAAGACUAACUUUCAAUAAUUCCAGUCAUUAGCUCCUAACUGCAAGUGUGAAUAGCGUUUUUUCACCUUUUCAGGUUAUAGAUGGAUAG